CUUCGCUGUCCCACUUCAGCCCGCAAGCUAGGUAACUCGAUGCCACAAAUUCUUUCAUACCCCUGCUCGUAGAACGUGCCGCACUGUAGGCUUUCCAGGUUCUACUUAAGCGCCAUGGCCUCGACUGAAUCGCCAUUCGAGCCCCAAUUUUCAAUCUCUGAUGGCUGCCCGUCUUUGAGUCUUUCGAACAGCCCUGCCGCGGAAGACACCAAGCAUCCCCAGAUCUCAAGAAUCGCCUCCCCUAGGACUACGUCAGAUAAAAAAGGACCGUCCCCGCGCGGCAGGCAACCUUCAGGACGGCGCCCGAGCCUCAUUACUGAUGACGUUCUUCCUAUCGGACUGUUAGAAAAUGUUAGUGUAGCUGGUCGAGUCUUGAACAACACUACCAGUUCUCGUUUAUCAAUUCGAUGUUCAGUCAGCUGUGCAACAGCUGCUCAAAACCCAAUGGCUGUCGAGAAAGUGCAACGAUGGUCGGGGAUGACCCGUACUGUCAGUGAUUGGGAUGGUCUGCGGAGGGAUACCGAACUAUGGGUCGAAGACGGCGACUGUUAUGUACAUCUCUAUGCGCAAGGAGCAUCGCGUCGUGGUCCAUCCUUUUGCAUCCCUUUCAGAGCUCUGCGACAGAAGAAAUGCAGCUCUAUACUCAACAUCUGUUACGCAGAGAUUGCAUCUCGGGAUGGCUCAGAGUCGCAACAACUGCUGAGCAUGUCCAGCUCACUGAUCCUACCAAGCCGUGAAUUGGGCGUCGUCAACCUGUUCAUCCCGGCUCCUACUGACACUUCCCGCCAAGAUUAUUUCAAAUGGCACGUCACGACACGGAACUUCUUCGCGUUCCUUCUUGGAAAGCCUCUGGUGGGCUACCACAUGGGUCAAACCUUUGUCGACCUGCAAGAAAGAUUACAACUGUUCCGAUCCGGACUCGUCGACAACCACCAGGAUUUCUUGCAAUACGCUGAGGAUCAAGGAUACCGUGACUUUUCCGAGUGUACUGAUUAUGCGCUUGCCAGUCUGUUCUAUGCUGAGACAUACAAACUCAGACAUGCCUGGAUCGAUGCUUUCGCUCACUGCGUCGGGAUGAACGAAAGUCUGUCACUUAGUCCAGAAUAUGUUGCCACCUCAAGGCUGACCAAGGCCCUCAUAACACGUGCCUUCCUCGAGGUAGACAUCCACCUUGGUCAAGUGACCGCUGCAUUGAGCAAAUUCCUGGAGGAGGAUCUCUCCGCUGUUUGCCUUGGCCUUACACCAGGAGCCAGAAGCCAUUUAAACCGCUUUCGCCGAUUUCUACAUAGCUUCUACGUCAAGAAGUUUGGAUACUGGCCGCCUCCAAGGGGUUCCGCUUUUCCAAAAGCACUGUACAAGUCGAUGUACUUCGACUUCCAGAAUCUGUACGACUACCUCGUCGACACGAACUCGUCUACCGACUUUGCUCUGCAGGGACCAGCAAGCGGAGGCAUAUGCGUUCUGCAGAAUGUUGACAGCUUCGACAAGCGUCACAAGUUCACGUCGCAACCACAUCCAUUGCCGCUAGUACCAAAUUACGCGGACCCAACGAAGAAGAUGGAGUCUCAGAAAGCUCUCCAACAAUUAACAUUGGCGUCUCAGCGCAACAAGGCUAACCCCGUUCAGACUAUAAGUGCUACACUGGCGGCAGCAACCAACACACAAGAUGCGGCAGUCACCAGCUCGAACAUCGUACAGGAGUAUGCGCAUUUUGAACGAACGUAUAGCUCAACACUCCACCAGCGCGACGAAAAGGUCUCUGUUGUCGAUGCGCGGAAAGUCAGAUGGCUUCUUAUCUAUGGCACAUUACAGUACUUGGUAUCAGCAUUGCGAGCCCCCAAGGAGGUCCGGGACGCGGAGACUGCCGACUAUCCUCUCUGCUGUCUCCUACCAGAGCAGUCAUCAUGGCCUGGCGGCUCGCAAAUAUCUACGCCUUCAGUUACUACAACUACUUCACCUGUCUCCGCAGUGAACGUACCUCAAGCAAUUGACGAACAUAUCAACAGUUCGCAAUUUGACUUCACUUCCAUCCAACCCGACUGCCACAGGGAAGACUACUUCUCUUCCCAAACGUCAAGUCGGCGUGGUUCUGUCGAGGUACCAGCACCACUCAGAAUCUCUACGCCUGUCUCAUACCCACCCAGUCGAUCAUUUGGGUCAAUCUCAUUGUCUGGACGAAGCUCGCGACGGAACAGCUUGAAGCUCAAGCCUACCCACCACUGCGAGAUCAUCGUCCACGGGUACGGGAAUGGGCUGAACGAAGCCACUACAAGUUCACCCGUCCAGGGCCUAUCGCUUAGUGCGUCUAUGAAUGAGUCUCACCGCUCUUCGGCAUCUAUCCUGCCAGAAGGUGCUGGUCCUGAGAAAUCAUGGAUCAGGCCCCAGCCACCUCCCAUCCUACAAGAGCGAACAUCGUCGUUGAACAAAGUUCGUCGUCACGCGCGUCAGCGAACCCCACUUCUAGAUGCAGCUCAUCUCGAACAAUAUCUCGGUUCCGUGGCUACUAGCGAUCAGACAGAUAUGAGUCGCUCCGAUAGCACGAGCUCGCAUGGUAGCCAGGUAUGGAGCGAGUCAAGCACAAUGUCUUCAGAGUCCAGUGCAGAUGGCGAUUACAAAGAACGACACAGUAUCACGGUAGAAGACAGCGGACUUUUGGGCGGCUUCGUAUCCGUCGACAGCACGCCAGUGCCCACUCCUCGAACACGAUCACUGGUCAAGACAAAUUCACCUGCCUCACAGCCACCACAGCCAUCCACCUCACGCAUGCAAGCAUUCCGCUUCCACGAUGAUACUCCACAAGCAACGAACUUCGACCACAUCCACCCAGCCUUCCGGCCCCCAAUCACAGACACAACGAUCGGCAUGGCACUCUCUCCUCCCAUCUCACCGCCGCUGAGCCCGAGCAUCAACUUGCAGUCCUUAUACUUUCAUCUCUCUCCGGGAGCGCCAAAAAAUACAUCCUCCCACUCCAUAAAACACUCCACAAACUCCGAGCUCACAUAUGCCGAUCUUCCCAUCUCGAAGGCGCCUUCACGCAGUGCCAGCCAUCGUGAGCACGGACUCUUCACUACGAUAUCUUCGCCCUCGAAGGAGUCUGGGAAGCGCGUUAGUGCGGAGAAAACACGCAGUCGUGUGUCCAUCUUGAAGCGGUUCUACGCAUUCUGAUUGCUUUUUCGCUUUUACUCUUUCAUCAUGACUGUUCUCCACGAUUUCUUUUGUCAUGUCCAGCGUGUCGCGUUCAGGUUGGGUUAGGUCGUCUUGAGUGGCAUUGCUAUGUUUGUAUAUGCUAUAUACCCAUGGUCGCAUCGCCGACUCGAAAAGCGUUUUACAUCGGUUAUAGUUGCAGUGUCGAGCUCUUCACAUUACAAUU